AUGUCUCAGUAUUAUGAGGACAAGUUGGAGGGCAACACGUGCGGGGGUGUGAAGGAGUAUCAGGGCACCUGUCUGCUGCAGUCCCAUUGUGUGCUCCAGCAAGGAAAAUCCCCUCUGCAAUAUCUGAAGGAAGGAAACUGCAAAGCUUUGAAAUAUUCAUUUUUUGAAUGUAAAAGACCAAUGUUGGGUGCCAGAUCAAGAUUCAAAGGAAGAAAAAGAUAUUGA